GCAUUUGCGUCCCUUCAUUCUGAUAAAAUUGCUCCAAUUUAAUGCUCAUUCACAUCUUCCAAAGCCUCUAGUCGGUUGUGACCUAGUGAAAUGUUAACGUAAAUGACGGUCUUUCUCUGAACCUGUUCAUCAAUUGGCGUCUCUAAGGUUCGGCCCUCAUUUCGCAAAAAUGUGGAAAAUCAUCUUGUAUAUUCUGCUGCUCAUUGGCUCAGUUUCAAACGCACGCAAUGUUGAAAAACGAAGCAUUGACCUCAUCGCAGCUCAAGCCGUGUUUCAAGAGCAGAAACUGCCCGGCGAUAUCGUUCCCAACUACUACAACUUGACUCUGGCUGUAGAUCCGCAGAAGAGUAGCAGCUUUUGGGGCAAUGUGAUUAUCAACGCCACUGUGGAACACAAGAUCAGAACAUUCCAACUUCACGCCCAUCCGGAUUUAAUCAUCGAAAGCCUGAAUGUGGCCGAAUUUCUGCCACCGCAUUAUGACCCUAGCGAUAUGUACAAACCAAGUCCUUCCUGCUGUAAAAUACCAAUGCCCGAGGUAACGUGGAAAAGGGUGAAAAUGCAGCCCAAAGUGGAAAUUGACCUGCAUAGCGAUGAUUUGGAGCCGGGCGCAAAUCUGCUGAUCAACAUUACAUUCCGUGGCGAGAUGUAUGCAACCGAAGGUAUUUUUCGAAGAUCCUACGUGCACCCUUUGACAAUGGAAACGAAGUGGUAUGUGGCCACUUAUCUGAGACCAAACUAUGCGAGGAACGUAUUUCCCUGCUUUGAUGAGCCCGCCUAUAAAGUGCCCAUUGCAUUAUCGGUGAUUAAGCCUAGUCAAAUGAAAGCGGUUAGCAACAUGCCGAUUGGAAGCAGCAGGAGGCAAAGGGACGCGGACUCAACCAUUGAUUGCUUCCUGCCAACUCCACCAAUGUCCACCUAUAAUCUAGCUCUGGUUGUAUCGGAACUAACUCACUUCUGCAGCGAAACUAACGACAGCGCAGUUUCCUUGCCAAAGACCAAAAUCCACGUGUGGGCGCGUCCAGACUUUAUGGAAGCCCUGGUAAACGUUUCCCGAAAAGUGGCAACCACAUUCGAUUAUCUGGAGAAAUUUUGGGGAGUCUUCUCUCCCCUAAACGAGCUGAACAUCUUCGCGCUGCCAAACUUCAAUGCCACCAAACCUGGGGACAGCUGGGGAGUCCUAAUGUUCAAGGAAAGCGAAUUGAGCAGCAAAGGCUCCUGGCAUUUGACGCAAGAAUUGGUGUAUCAAUGGUUGGGCGCUUUGGCAACUCCAGUUUGGUGGAACCAGGCCCACAUUAAUCACGCCUUGGUGCGUUACAUCACUGCCUACACCACCAUCCAGAUUGGCGAAAAUGAAACGUUCAGCAACUGGCCAACGACAAUGCUCUACUCCAUCUACUACGAGUUCAGCAAACGACACCCACAUGGCAAGAACACAGCGAUUAAACAGGACUCAUCGUCCGCGAAGACUGAGCUGGUGUUUCGGAUGUUGAACUACACCCUUGGAGAGACCACCUUCAGGCAUGGAAUGCAACGACUCAUAGCAGACAGGCAGUUUAAGACGUUCGAUGGCGACGACAUCUGGACCUCGUUGACCGAACAGGCCCACUUCGAUAAAACGCUGCCAGAAGCAGUGACGGUCAACGAAAUCGCUGGAUCCUGGAUAAACAAGGACCGACUCCCUGUAGUGACUGUCACCAGAAACUAUAAGAACAAUUCGGCCCGCCUGCAUCAGUCAAAAAUAUACUGCAAACAGUUUCGACCUUCGAAUUGAAGUGAAUAAUCGUCUGCGACCUGCGAACUUCACUAAUCAAAGUGACCUUGUGAUACUAUGC